AUUACUUCGUUUCGUAAUAUUCACAGUUUCCACACAAUCAGUUUCGGUUUCUACAUAGAAGAGGCAGCAGCAAAUAUGAGCCGAAAGACCGAGCUCAAGUCUAUUACUGCAGAAGAUUUAAAUGUCUUCACGGAAGAAAUACAGCAAUUAUGGGAGCAACUUAAAUCAAAGGACCUAGAACCCAACACAGCGAAGAAGAAUGCUAAGAAAAUGAAGUAUAUUCUUAACUUUGCACGCGAAUCUAUGGAUUUCCAUGUGCUUGUCUGCAAUUCUUUUAAAAAGUUCCCAAGUACCAGUGUCCAAGAGGCCUGGAAUUUCUGUCGUGUUACUCUCGAUAAGAUUUCCAGAGAAUGUGCCAUCUUGGAGCAGGCAGGGGCCAGCCUUUCUCGCCAAGCAGAGAACAAGUCGCACGGCAACGGAGACGUCUCUAAAUGAAGAGGAACCAAAUAAUCUUCUAGAUCUAUAGAUUAAGCUUUUUCCAAAUUUAUGUUUAGUAUACUACAUAUUUAGAAUUAAUUUUGAGUACCAUUUAAUGUCGUGUUGAAUUAACUUUUCAAUUUAUUUUCAAUAAAUAGUUUAAUCUAUAUAAA